AUGAUACAAGAAAAUGCCACACAAGUUGAGGAAUUCAUUCUCCAGGGAUUUACAGAAGCACCAGAACUGCUGCCUCUCAUCUUUGGGAUUUUUCUCUCCAUGUACCUGAUCACUGUCCUCGGGAACCUGCUCAUCAUCCUGGCCGUCAUCUCUGACUCUCGCCUCCACACGCCCAUGUACUUCUUCCUGUCCAACCUGUCCUUUGUGGACAUCUGCUUCUCCUCCACCACCAUCCCCAAGAUGCUGGUGAACAUUCAGACACAGAGCAAAGUUAUCACUUAUGCGGGCUGCAUCACCCAGAUCUACUUUCUCCAACUUUUCCUAGUGUUGGAUGACAUUAUCUUGACCAUCAUGGCCUAUGACCGUUUUGUGGCCAUCUGUCACCCCCUGCACUACAUGGUCAUCAUGAACCCCCGGGUGUGUGGACUUCUGCUUCUCGGGUCCUGGAUGCUGUGUGUUUUCAAUUCCUUGUUACAUAGUUUAAUGCUGUUGCGUCUCUCCUUCUGCAACAACUCAGACAUCAACCACUUUUGUUGUGAAUUCAACCAGCUGACCCAAAUGUCCUGUUCUGACACCUUUCUUAAUGAUACAGUGAUGUAUACUGCUGUUGUUCUCUUGGGCGGAGGUCCAUUUGCUGGGAUUCUUUUCUCUUACUUAAAGAUCGUCUCUUCCAUCCUGAGAAUCUCCUCAGCUCAGGGCAAGUACAAAGCCUUUUCCACCUGUGCAUCUCACCUCUCCGUUGUCUCCUUGUUUUACUCUACAGGUCUAGGUGUGUAUCUUAGCUCCAAAGCUGUUCACAGCUCACAUUCCAGUGCCACAGCCUCAGUGAUGUAUACUGUAGUCACACCCAUGCUGAACCCUUAUAUCUACAGUCUCAGAAACAAAGAUAUCAAGGGUUCUCUGAAAAGAUUCUUUGAAACGGCAACUAACUGA